UCCACUGAAAGUUGGCGCCACGACUCUUGACAACAACACGGACUCGGAGUGGAGCUGCAGAAAGAGCUGUGAUUUCAUAUUAAACAAAGAGCUUCGCUCACAACAAACAGUUUGAACAGACAUGAGUGUUAAGCUGUCAGAGGGCGCGAUUGAGGCCCUGACCAAAGGUGGCAAUGUUUCAAACCCAGUUCUUCAGUUGGUUAAUAUUCGAAAGAUUGAUGGAGGCAGUGGACCAGUGCGUUUUCGACUCAUGAUGAGCGACGGCCUUCAUACCAUGUCCUCCUUCAUGCUCUCCACACAGCUGAACUACCUGGCUGAACAAAAUCUGGUAGCUCCAAACUGUGUGUGUUUGGUGAAGCGCAGUGUCACAAAUGUCCUUAAGGAUGGACGGCCUGUGGUAAUUAUACUGGACAUGGAGGUGGUCAAGCCUGCUGAUCAGGUGGGAGGGAAAAUAGGAGAUCCAACUCCUUAUGUGGAAGGUCAAUCUAAGGCUCCACAGCCUGCAGCACCUGCUCCUUCUGCACGUCCACUUCAGCCUCAGAAUGGAGGUGAUGGCCCUAUGAACAGAGGCCCCAGUCGUGACUUUGGGAAGAAGCCCAUGAGUGCGCCCAACACACCAUCAGGCACCUCGAAAGUUGUGCCUAUUGCCAGCCUUAACCCCUACCAGUCAAAAUGGACAAUUCGAGCACGUGUCACCAACAAGAGCGCCAUUCGCACUUGGAGCAAUUCUCGAGGAGAUGGAAAGCUCUUUUCCAUGGAGAUUGUAGAUGAGAGCGGAGAGAUUAGGGUUACUGGAUUUAAUCAAGAGGUGGACAAAUUCUACUCCCUCAUCGAACAGGGGAAGGUGUAUUACAUCUCCAAGGGCAGCCUGAAGAUUGCUAACAAACAGUAUACAUCUUUGAAGAAUGACUAUGAGAUGACCCUGAACGGUGAGUCCACCAUCAUCCCCUGUGACGACAGCCAGGACGUUCCCAUGGUGCAGUGUGACUUUGUCUCCAUUGCUGACCUGGAAGCUCGGGACAAGGAUGCCAUCGUGGAUGUGAUUGGUGUUUGUAAGAGUGUGGAGGAUGUGACUCGUAUCACAACUAAGAACAGUCGUGAGGUGUCCAAGCGGAACAUCCAGCUGAUGGACAUGUCUGGCAAAACUAUCCAGGUCACCAUGUGGGGGAAAGAGGCAGAGACAUUUGAUGGCACUGGGCAACCCAUCUUGGCCAUAAAGGGUGCCAGGCUUUCUGACUUUGGAGGACGCUCGCUCUCUACACUCUACAGCAGUACACUGCUGAUUAACCCUGACAUGCCAGAGGCAUACAAGCUGCGAGGCUGGUAUGAUAAAGAGGGCCAUGCCCUUGAUGGACAGUCCAUGACUGAGAUGAGGGGAGGUGGAGGCAGCGGUCCCACCAACUGGAAGACCCUGGCAGAUGUCAAAAAUGAACACCUGGGCCAUGGAGACAAGGCAGAUUACUUCUCUUGUGUUGGCACCAUUGUGUAUAUGAGGAAGGAGAACUGUCUAUACCAGGCCUGUCCUAGCAAAGACUGCAACAAGAAGGUGGUGGACCAGCAGAAUGGCAUGUACCGCUGUGAGAAGUGCGACAAAGAGUUUCCUGACUUCAAAUAUCGUCUCAUGCUCUCUGCAAAUAUUGCAGAUUUUAGUGACAACCAGUGGGUGACAUGCUUUCAAGACAGUGCUGAAACCCUCUUGGGCCAGAAAGCAGAUUAUAUUGGCCAACUCAAGGACUCGAAUGAGGCUGCGUUUGACGAGGUCUUCCAGCAUGCCAACUUCAACACUUUUGUCUUCCGAAAUCGGGUGAAGUUGGAGACCUACAACGAUGAAUCUCGCAUUAAGGUGACUGUGGUGGAGGCUAAACCUGUGGACCACAAAGAGUAUAGCAAGAGGCUCAUCAUGAACAUCAGGAAGACUGCAGUGCAGUAGAGAACUGCCGCCAACACCAAGAAUGCUGUUCAGCACUUAGAUCAGCUCUUCAUUUUGUGACCUAAAGUAUAAGUGUGCUGUUCAGUGAUGUUUGUCUUUGUAUUAUUUAGUUUGUUUUGUUUUACUUUGUCUUACGAUCUGCUAAUACUGAUUUACCAAGCGAAAGCAUCCUUUUUUGUUGUUUUAAAGCACUCACAGAUGCUUAAGUUAUGCUGAAGAGUGCAGCAGCAGUGGGGUUCAGGACAUGCAGUUGUCCCUAUAUGUUAGCAGAUUAUAAGGAGCGCUGCUGACAUUUUAGUAGUGGAUAAGAGGGUUUGAGCGAAGGAUUUUUGAAGAUGAAAACGGGUAGGAUGAGGAGAGUGGGGCAGACAUACAGGUCAGUUUGUGCACACAUGCAUCACUUGUGUGUCUGUCUUUAAGUUGGCUGGUGGCAGGAGGGAAUUGGCUGCCCUUUGCUAGCAUUUUGGUGCGGCAGCCCAGUCAGUAGGCUUCUGUCUCAGAGCAUGCCUGGCAUGGACCUGGGCAGCACUGAUAAGCUUGCGUGUACACACACCCACACCAUCAUGCACACACAUUUAAAGUCAAUUGGACUUCCCAGAGACAGAUGCACUCUGUUUAUGUAGAUAUUUUCUUCUUUUCUUUUCUGGACAAGUACAUUUUGACAAAAUGAGAAAUAAAGUUUUUGAGAGACCUGC